AAACAAGUUUUGAGAAGAAUCAGAAGAUACCUCCUAAACGACACCAAAGGAUCUUCCACAGGCCGCCUUUGUUUUCCCUCAAAUCUUCUUCCAUGCCCCCAAUUUUCCUGCCAGCCUACUUCUCUGCAAACUUCAAAGAAUGUCUUUCUUAUCAUUGACCUUUCUCUGAGAUAGCACUACAUCCCACGUAGCUAAUGCUGAACAUCAAGUUCCUGGUCUUUGGGAUAAGGAGUUGGAAAAACCUUUCUCCCUAGCCUCAACCCACUUUUUGUCAACUCUGUUGUAUUUAGCCGAAUUGAUCAUCAAGGUCCGCCCCCAACCUUCUAUCCACCCAAUGUCUUGACAGUUUUCAUCACCUCAUCUAGUUAGAGAAACCUAACAAAUGCAAAACAUCUUAGCUUCCAUGUGGCCUUGUUUUUUGAGAUUACUGUUUCUGCAAUCUUGCCAUAAUCCUUGAACAGAAGGAUUAUAUCAUUUGCCUUCCAGUUCAGGUCAAAACCAACCUCAGAAACAGUGACUGGUCCCUUCUUUCCAUUGGUCUUCCUUUUGUUCUUCACUGGAAUCCACCGGUCCAUCUUCAGUCACCAAACAAGCCAACAGGCAACAGCAAUGGCAUCAACAUCACAUGUCACAGGAGCAAGGUAGCGGAGUCUGUAUGAUGAGCAAUGCAUGGAGAGAUGACCAACACCCGUCCUUUAUCAAUUUCAUCUCAUCCUUCCUCAGUGCAAAUUCAUACCGACUCAAUUUCCUUCCCAUUGCUCCUGAUUUCAUUUUCAACAAUGGAGGACUAUCAGUAGCCUUUGUCUUCAUAACAAAUUGGGACUGUGACAAUGCGUCCUCAAUCUUUAGCAGAAUCCAAAACUUGAAGAGGCAGUUUGGGCAUUUCCAUGUUGUUGUCACUCUCCCAACCAAGGAGCGAAAUGAUUCAUUUGUUAGUUCUUACUUCAAGUAUGGUAUGGAGCUUGGCAGGCCAACAUUCAUGCCAGUUCAGGACCUUGAGAUGGGAUUUGAGAAGAUAGUGAAGAUAGCACACGUUUGUGGGGUAUGCAAACGGCAAGAUGUCAUCCCCAAGUUGAAGGCUGAGCGUGAACAGUUGGUGCAGAGGAUGGAGACAUUCCUUAAAGUGGUCACUUCGAUACCUGGGAUUGACAACCACGACGUGAAUGCGCUGAUUCAUGCUAUUGGUUCCAUAGAAGCAAUAUCCAAAGCAUCCAAGGGAUUCAUUUUGGAAAAUACAGAUCUUUCAGCGGAUAAGGCAGAAAUGGUUGUAAGGUUUUUCAAAGAUCCGAAGUAUUAUCUCUCUCCAAAAAUCAAUUGAUCAAAUUGAGGUAUGAACUAUUCGUAUACACAGAUGAAGAAGGAAAAACAAUAAUAGAUCUGGUUUGCUGUUUCUUUUUGGUAGUAGCUUUGACUUGCUUUUUUUUGUUUUGACAUCCACCAGUCUAUCCCAGUGAAUAACAACUUUGGAUUAAAAUUUUCUCCA